AUGGGUGGCGCCCGGGGCGUGGGCUGGGUGGCGGCGGGCCUACUCCUCGGCGCCGGCGCAUGCUACUGCAUUUACAGGCUGACGCGCCGUCGGCGGCGGGGCGACCGCGGGCUCGUUCUGCGCCCCUCGCAGUCCGCAGAAGACUUAACUGAUGGUUCGUAUGACGAUGUCCUGAAUGCUGAACAACUUCAGAAACUCCUUUACCUACUUGAGUCAACUGAGGAUCCUAUAAUUAUUGAAAAAGCUUUGAUUACUUUGGGUAACAAUGCAGCCUUUUCAGUUAACCAAGCUAUUAUUCGUGAAUUGGGUGGUAUUCCAAUUGUUGGAAACAAAAUCAACCAUUCCAAUCAGAGUAUUAAAGAGAAAGCUUUAAAUGCUCUUAACAACCUGAGUGUGAAUGUUGAAAAUCAAAUCAAGAUAAAGAUAUACAUCAACCAAGUCUGUGAGGAUGUCUUCUCUGGUCCUCUGAACUCUGCUGUGCAGCUGGCCGGACUGAGAUUGUUGACAAACAUGACUGUUACCAAUGACCACCAGCACAUGCUUCACAGUUAUAUUACAGACCUGUUCCAGGUGUUACUUACUGGAAAUGGAAACACGAAGGUGCAAGUUUUGAAACUGCUUUUGAAUUUGUCUGAAAAUCCAGCCAUGACAGAAGGACUUCUUCAUGCCCAAGUGGAUGCGUCAUUCCUAUCCCUUUAUGACAGCCAUGUAGCAAAGGAGAUUCUUCUUCGAGUACUUACACUAUUUCAGAAUAUAAAUAACUGCCUCAAAAUAGAAGGCCAUUUAGCUGUGCAGCCUACUUUCACUGAAGGUUCAUUGUUUUUCCUGUUAUAUGGAGAAGAAUGUGCCCAGAAAAUAAGAGCUUUAGUUGAUCACGAUGAUGCAGAGGUGAAGGAAAAGGUUGUAACAAUAAUGCCCAAAAUCUAAUCGGUCAUAUUUUUCCAAAGAGUAAUGCCGUCUGGAUAUAAACCUAUUUUCUCUCUUCCUUAUAAGGAGAUUCUUCCAGCUGCUGAAUUUAAACAGUAAAUACCACAUUUCAUCAUUAACACAGCUAUAA